AUGAAGAAGGUUCUUGACUGGGUCGAUCUGGAAUUUACCGAGUCGGCCUUCAGACCAGGCCAUGCCGACCUGAUUCUCAUGAGCGAUGUCGUGUACUUUCCACAUCUUCGCCGGCCUUUGUUGAACACGCUGCUUUACCUUUGCACCGAGGAUACGCUGGUGCUCUGGGCGAACUGCGACAAGUAUCCUGAAUACGAGCCCGACAUUGACAGCUUCCUGGAGCUGCUGGAACCUUUCUUCCGUGUCACCGAGGAGGAGGAAGGUCCACAGAAAGGCUUCGGCGGCCCGUGCGAGGUCAGCGAAGGUGUUGUGAAGAUACGGUCCCUCCGCAUCUUGAACAUGGAGCUGGCUCAAAACGAGCUGGCACGCGCAAAGGUCGGUGGCCCAGGAGAAGCAUGCAUCAAGCGCUGUUUCUUCUGA